CAGCGCCCCGCGCCGCAUCAUGGACCACAAUGACAAUGAUUUGCAAGGAACAAAUAGUUCAGGAUCAUUGGGUGGUCUUGAUGUCCGUAGAAGAAUCCCUAUAAAGCUUAUUUCAAAGCAGACCAAUAAAGCCAAACCUGCACCUCGAACUCCAAGAAAUAUGAACAGGAUGCCUGCGAAGACACAAGCUGGUGAUGAAGAAGAAUUUGAUUAUAACAAGGAGGAGCGAUACGAAUGUAAAGGAGGUGAAAUGUUUGGCAACCAAAGGAGAUUUCCUGGACCCAUUUUUUGGGAUUAUAAGAUAAACUUGCUGGGGGAGAAGGAUGAUACACCAGUCCAUUUCUGUGAUAAGUGUGGAUUGCCCAUCAAAAUGUAUGGACGCAUGAUACCUUGCAAGCAUGUUUUCUGUUAUGACUGUGCUAUACUACAUGAGAAAAAGGGAGACAAGAUGUGUCCAGGCUGUAACGAACCUGUGCAGCGAAUCGAGCAGUGCGUCCGAGGGUCUCUCUUCAUGUGCAGCAUUGUUCAAGGGUGCAAGAGAACUUACCUGUCCCAGAGGGACUUACAAGCUCACAUCAACCACCGCCACAUGAGAGCCGGCAAGCCUGUUACCCGUCCUGCCAUCGAGCCCGUGCACCCUCCCAUCGCCCCGCCGCCGGCCGAGAUUCCCGAGCGCUUCAUAAUGCCCCCCGAGAAGCACCACAUGAGCCACAUUCCGCCCAAGCAGCACAUCAUGAUGCCGCCGCCGCCUCUGCAGCACGUGCCGCACGAGCACUACAACCAGCCCCACGAGGACAUCCGCGCUCCCCCCGCCGAGAUGUCCAUGGCCCCGCCGCCGCCCCGCCCCGUCAGCCAGGACACCUUCCGCAUCUCCACGAGGAAACACAGCAACCUCAUCACCGUCCCCAUCCAGGAUGAUUCCAACUCGGGCGCUCGAGAGCCGCCCCCGCCGGCGCCCGCGCCCGCUCACCACCAUCCCGAGUACCAGGGCCAGCCGGUGGUGUCGCACCCUCAUCACAUCAUGCCUCCCCAGCAGCACUACGCGCCGCCGCCGCCGCCGCCGCCGCCCAUCAGCCACCCGCUGCAGCACCCUCCGCAGGCGGCGGGCACGCCCCACAUGGUGUACAGCCAGGCCCCGCCGCCCCCCAUGACCUCGGCCCCGCCGCCCAUCACCCCGCCGCCCGGACACAUCAUUGCCCAGAUGCCGCCCUACAUGAACCACCCUCCCCCGGGCCCUCCCCCUCCGCAGCACGGCGGCCCGCCUGUCAAUGUCAGCGCUCCCCCUCCCCAUCACUAUAACCCCAACUCUUUGCCGCAGUUCAGCGAAGAUCAAGGAACUCUUAGUCCCCCUUUCACACAGCCUGGGGGAAUGAGUCCAGGGAUAUGGCCAGCUCCGAGGGGGCCGCCUCCACCUCCGAGGAUGCAGGGGCCUCCCGCUCAGGCCCCCCUUCCUGGACCACAUCACCCUGAUCAAGCCAGAUACAGACCCUAUUACCAAUGAUACAAGCAACUGUACGAAUAGAGAAUGCCAUGAAGAGGAUAAAACUAAAUACAGAAGCCUUUUAAUUAAUUGUUUUGGGGUUAUUUUGUUGUGGUUUUUUUAAGAAUACUGUCAUUUUGACUGUAAGACAUUUUGAGGUUUGAAUCUUAAAUGAUUUUUAAGCCUUGGCUCUUAACUUCAAAUACUCUGUAGUGCUAAAAUAAGUGGCUUAGUAGACCACAGUUGCAUUUUAACAGAACUCCUGUUGCUAGUGUGGCUAAAUUGUCCUAAGAUGAUCACUUGUAAUAUUAUUUCCUGGAGAAAAUGAACACGUGUUGUACCAUUCUGAAUAUUGUUUUUGUUAAACCCAGUGUUUUUGUUAACCUGUGUACAAAAAUUAAAUUGAAAUAUGGUUGUAAA